UGAUUUGGACGGAUAUGCAUUGGGAGUUGCAUCACCGCAUCACAUAACGACGGGGGCUGAGAAAAUAUUAGCGGAAUAAAGUGAGAUAAGAUUACUCGACGUAACGUCAUUUGCGGAAAUAUUGCUGGAGUUUGCUUUCUGGAUUUAUCAUUUCUUCAUGAAGCUAUUGUGAAUUCGGCAGAGAAAUUGAGUGUAAUAUCCCGAUUCCGAAGUUGAGUUACCUUUGUUUCAUCAAUGGCCGCCAGGAGACAAUUACAGUGUCUGCUGCGGAGGGGUUGCAGGGGAACUAGAUUCUUUGGGGCUGUUCCUGAAGGCAGCGCUUCUUCCUCUUCUCAGAAACUCAUCGAUAAAGAAUAUGAGUAUAGUGCCCACAAUUAUCAUCCCCUUCCAGUUGUAUUUUCACAAGCAAAGGGAUCUUGUGUAUGGGAUCCAGAGGGAAACAAAUAUCUUGAUUUUUUAUCGGCUUACUCAGCAGUUAAUCAGGGACAUUGCCAUCCAAAAAUAUUGAAAGCAUUGCAAGAACAGGCAGAAAGGCUGACUCUAAGUUCUCGAGCCUUUUACAAUGAUCGCUUUCCUGUAUUUGCUGAGCGUCUAACAAGCAUGUUUGGUUAUGAUAUGGUGCUACCAAUGAAUACUGGUGCUGAAGGUGUGGAAACAGCUCUGAAGUUGGCAAGAAAAUGGGGUUAUGAGAAGAAAAGAAUUCCUAAAGAUGAGGCUAUUAUAGUCUCAUGCUGUGGCUGCUUCCAUGGUCGCACAUUAGCUGUUAUAUCUAUGAGCUGUGACAAUGAAGCUACCCGUGGUUUCAGUCCUUUAUUGCCCGGUCAUCUUAAAGUUGAUUUUGGAGAUGCAAAUUCCCUUGAAAAGAUCUUCAAAGAAAAUGGAGAGCGCAUAGCUGGAUUUCUUUUUGAACCAAUUCAAGGUGAAGCUGGGGUAAUAAUUCCUCCGGAUGGCUAUUUAAGAACCGUCAGAGAUCUCUGCUCCAGAUAUAAUGUGCUGAUGAUAGCUGAUGAAAUACAAACUGGAUUAGCAAGGACAGGGAAAAUGCUGGCCUGUGACUGGGAAGAAGUUCGCCCAGAUGUCGUGAUAUUGGGGAAAGCUUUGGGUGGAGGAGUCAUACCUGUUAGUGCUGUUCUUGCAGACAAAGACAUAAUGCUUUGCAUUCAACCUGGAGAACAUGGAAGCACCUUUGGAGGAAACCCCUUGGCCAGUGCAGUUGCCGUUGCCUCACUGGAUGUGAUCAGAGACGAGGGACUUGCCAAGAGGUCAGCCCAACUGGGAAAGGAGCUUGCUGGUCAGCUGCUUGAAGUUCAGCAGCGGUACCCUAACUACAUAAAGGAGGUACGUGGAAGGGGUUUGUUUAAUGCGGUGGAACUCUACAGCAAAUAUCUGUCUCCUGUUUCGGCCUAUGAUGUAUGCCAAAAGCUGAAGGAUAGAGGAGUUCUUGCCAAGCCGACUCAUGACACAAUUAUCCGCUUUACUCCCCCACUUUGCAUGAGUUCGGAAGAGAUCCAGGUAGGUUCGAAGGCUCUGGCUGAUGUUCUGGAAAUCGAUCUUCCGAAGAUGCAGAAGACGAAGCCGAAAAAUGACCCUGCAGCGGCCUCUAAUGCAUGUGACCGUUGUGGGCGAGUCUUGUACGGUUAACUGUAUUUGCAUGCACUCCAAUUAUAUUGAGGAAUUCAUAUCAUAUGACAUGCAGAAUAAGACGAAUAAUCACGAACUACACUAUUUCAUUUUAUAUGCAAAUCCCUUUGGCAGUGGGAUCUCUUACAUGAGAUUGGAUCAUAGUUUAUUGGAACUAAGGUGUUUGUA